UUACACUAUAAAUACAGUUGUAUCUUGGUAUUAAAGAUGUUAAACUUACAAUAUACAAAAAUGGAAUUCAAAAGGAGUAGUAGCAUCGUCCUGCAUCUCUUUCUAUCAUUUCUUAUUCACACGCGAAUCACAGCCGUUGAUUCACUUAACCAAACAACUCUCUCAUCUGUUGAUCAAAAACGUCAUCUCUUAACCGUAGAAACAAUAUCUUUUCCUGCGGAUUUCAUGCGAAGACAGCUUGCCGGAGGAGGCGGUAGCAGCGGCGGUGGCGGAGGUGGAGGAUCUCGAGGCGGUAGCUUAGGUGGAAGCAGCGGUGGUGGUGGUGGUGGAAGUCGCGGAGGUGGCGGCAGCCGUGGAGGAGGCAGCGGUGGAUCUGGUGGUAACAAGGGUGGAAAAGGUAAAGGAGGGGAUGGAGAUGAUGGUGAUAGUGGGAGCGGGGGUGGUGGCGGUAACGGAAAUGGAGGAAACACUAUACCAUCUACGACAACUACUACUCAAGGUGGUCGAUUUCCAAGCGGUGGCGCCCGCCUUCAACAUUCUUUAGUCUUAUUCAUCUUCACGAUCGGCUUAGUUGUCCUUAUCCUUAAUUUUUAGUGUUUUUCUAUCUUCUUAAUGAUUAUUUAAUUGGUUUGUUUAGGUUAAAAUAGAUUGAACAUAGUCUAUUGUUUAUUAUUUGGAUUCUUGGAACCAUGAUGAUCGUUAUACUUUUGUUUUUGCAGAUCCUUUGUUAUUUGUAGUUGAGUUGUGUAAAAAUUAUAAAGUGGAUUUGUGUUCUUCAUGU